AUGUUAAGGAAGAGCAAUGUGAUUUAUGAGUAUAUUUUUUAUGGUCAUUUAUGCACAAACAAACGCCAAACAUUUUACGAAAAAACUUCAUUAUUUGAUAAGAAAACAAUUGUAACUCGCGAUGAGCUUUAUCAAAAUACUAUAGGACAACGGUCACAGUUAUCAUUUAAAGAUGCGAAAAUGAUUAAUCUUCGAUACUGCACAAAUAAAUGUUAUCAAGAAAUGGUUUGUUAUCAUGGCGGAUAUACUGAUCCAAACUACUGUAGUCGAUGCAUUUGCCCAUCGGGCUGGGGUGGCACAAAUUGUCAGGAUGUCGAACCAAGCAGAACUGCAGGCUGUGGAAAGACCUUAAUAGCGGCAAAUGAAUCGGUAACCAUAACGAGUCCAACAUUAGUACCAAAUGUUCAUUGUGUUUGGAGAAUCAAAUCAAUAGCACAAGUCGACGUGACAAUUGGUAACAUAAUUCUACCAUGUCAAGAAUCCUGUGGUAGCUUCGUUGAAUUAAAAUAUCAUAAUGAUAUGACCAGAACAGGUCCGAGGCUUUGUUGUUCGGCAUCGAAACGACGCUUCAUUAGUGAUGGAAAUGAUUUUAUAAUCAUAUAUAGCGGAUCGUCUAAUGCUGAUAGUCGGUUUAGUGGUUUUCAGUUCAGCUAUAAAACAUAUGAUGAAAGCCUUCACACCACAAAAACCUGGACUAAUGCAAAAACCACAUCUGCGAUUUCUCUUACCACUAAACAAUCUACGGGACCGAUUAACACACGGGGACCUUUGACUCCAUCAAGAUUUACGCAUCCCACGACACCAACAGUGGGUAAGGAAUCAUUGAAACAAAAUUUAGGAUCACAUUGGAGCGCGUGGGGCCAGUGGAGUGAAUGUUCCGUUACUUGUGGUGGCUGUGGUGUUAGGAAACGUGUAAGAGCAUGCUAUGGGGGGAACAGGACUUGCAGUGGACCAGAUUAUGCGACUGAAAAAUGUGGUGAAAAGCGUUGCGAACAAGCGAGUAGAAUAAUGGACUGUAAAGGUCGAAUCGUUUUACCGUGUGACCUAAUGAAUAAACUGGACUUCGGGAUUUUCAAAACAAUUCAAUCAGAUUCAAAAAUGGAAAGGAAUGAAGCGAUACUCAAUGUUUCUACAAUAGAGCUGUUAAAUCGCCGUGGAAGAAGCAUUGGGACUAUUUGUGAGAAAAGGUUUUCAUAUUUUUGUGUCACAAAUUUAUUAACUCUUGCCAUUGAUUGGAAGCGAGCUCAUGAUGUUGUGCGCGAUUCAAAUGGUUGUUGUAAAGGAUAUUUUGCUGUGAAUGGUAAUUGCGUUAAGAUAUAA